UCUUCUUUCACGCGCUGGGUGAAAGACAUAAAGAGUGGUGGUCGGCGCUUUUCUUUCUUUGUCGCGCUCCAUUCCUCUAAUCCUUCGCUCGGGCACUUCACCACCCCACACGACUGCUAAACACGCGCGCAUACUUCUCACUACCAGGGCUACCACCGCAGUUUGCGCAAAGCUCUAAUACCAACACCAACGACCGACCGAGCCUCCACGACCGCCACCGUGCUUCAGCCGACGAAAAGCCCCCGAAGAACACCAGGUCUUCGUCUCUCCUCCACAACUGCAACAUGGCGACCCUCUUCGGCGGCGCGGCCCCGUCCUCGACGACUUCCACAACCGGCGACACGAGCAAGGAUGUCGAAGUCCCGCAGAACCAGCUUCCGGACGAUAGCAUCUCAGAUCUCAUGUUCUCGCCCACGAACGACUUCCUCGCAGUCAGCUCCUGGAAUUCGAAGGUGUAUAUCUACGAGGUGAACAAUAGCGGCGCGACGGGCAAGUGGCUUCUGCAAUGCCAGGAUGCGCUCUUGUGUGUCGGUUGGUCAAGGGACGGCACACGCAUAGCAGCCGGCGACACUAAGGGCAGGCUCUACUUCCUGGAUCUCCGCCAAGCAGGCAGUGGCGGCGACGUCAAGCCAACAGGCGUCAUCGAAAAGGCCCAUGAACAAGGUCUCAAGUCCCUGCGCUGGUUCCAGACCGGCGGUAAAGAUAUUAUUGUAACUGGAUCCUGGGACAAGCUGGUCAAAUACUGGGACCUAUCAACCAGCACAGAACCGAUCGGCUCGCUGCAAUGCCAGGAACGUGUAUACUCCAUGGACGUCAAGGACCAGUUGCUCGUUGUUGCGACAGCGGACCGACACAUUCAUAUUGUGAACUUGAACAAGCCCGGGGAGAUCUACAAGACCAUUACGAGUCCGCUUAAGUGGCAGACGAGGGUCGUCAGCUGCUUUACGGACGCGACGGGUUUCGCAGUCGGAUCGAUCGAGGGCCGAUGUGCGAUUCAGUACGUGGAGGACAAGGACACCAGCCUCAACUUCUCCUUCAAAUGCCACCGCCAACAAGACCCCACCGCGCGCGACGUCGCAAAAGUCUACUCCGUCAACGCGAUCUCCUUCCACCCACAGCAUGGCACCUUCAGCACCGCCGGCUCCGACGGCACUUUCCACUUCUGGGACAAGGACGCCAAGCACCGUCUGAAAGGCUACCCCGAAGUCGGUGGCAGCAUCACCGCCACCGGCUUCAACAAGGACGGCAAUAUCUUCGCGUACGCCGUCAGCUACGACUGGAGUAAGGGGUACGCCGCGAAUACACCUCAGUACCCGAUCAAGCUCAAAUUGCACCCGGUGAUCGGAGAUGAGUGCAAGCCUAGGCCCGGUAGUAAGAAGAGGUAAACCCUGAAUAAAGGGAACGAUCUAUCUUGCUGACCUUUCUUGUUCUCUCCAAAGGGGGUGUGCGCACUGUUCCGACGAGCACUCUAGUGAAGGCGCCACUUCCGGUCAAACCUUCCUAAAGUUCCUCAGAAUCGGCCAGAACAACGGAUUAGUUUUAACCAGCGGGACGGCAGUACGGAAGGCUUGGAUGUUUCUUUUCUUUCAUCAAAUGAGCAUUAGCGGGUGACGGGUAGGGAUUUCUCGGCGUACGGGUGAUGCCUGCUUCAGUUUUGGACGGAGGUAAAGAUAUUGAAGGCCUACGGGCUCGGGCUUCCAUAGCUAAAUCAAAAGGAUGGAAUGAAGACUUGCUGUUGCAGAAUGUUCGCGUUUUCUU